CCCCAUCCGCUCCUCUCUAUCCCUUCCCUCUUCAUCCCUUUCCGCUCUCUCUCCCUCUCUCUCUCCCUCUCCUCAUGGGAUCGUCAGAGAACUGGGCCUCCACCGAGAGCUCGAGCAGCCGCGGCCUCUACGGGAGGGCAUCGGCGGCGGAGCUCGAGGGCAUCAUCGUCCGCGUCGGGUCCGGAGAGGAGGAGCAAAAAGUUCAGGCGGCGAUGGAAAUCCGGCGCCUCACUAAGACCUCCUCCAGGAACCGCCGCCACCUCUCCCUCGCCGUCGACCCUCUCGUGGCGAUGCUGCGGUCGCCGAGCUACGAGUCCUGCGAGGCCGCCAUCCUCGCCCUCCUCAAUCUCGCCGUCAAGGACGAAAGGAACAAGAUCAGUAUCGUGGAUGCAGGUGCCCUGGAACCAUUAAUUAGCUUCUUGGAUUCUACAAAUUUGGAUUUGCAAGGGUUUGCUACUGCUGCACUUUUUACGCUGUCCGCUUCAAGCGUGAACAAGCCAAGAAUCAGUGCUUCCGGAGCUAUCCCCCUUCUUGUCAAGGUCGUCGAGGAAGGAAGCCAGCAAGCCAAGAUGGAUGCCAUUGCAGCCCUCCAAAAUCUCUCCACCAUCCAAGACAACCUCAGAAGUAUCCUCUCGCUUCAUCCCAUACCUUCUCUGGUCAGCUUCCUCAAAUCCUGCGACAAGUCCACGAAACCAGCUGAGAAGUGCUGCGCCCUUCUGGAAUUACUAGUCAAUUUCGACGAAGGGAGAACCGCUCUGACGCGCGAGGAAGGUGGGGUUCUAAGCGUGGUGGAAGUUCUCGAAGAAGGAUCCCCUCCGAGCCGCGAGCACGCGGUCGGAGCCCUCUUAACGAUGUGCGAGAGCGACCGGAGUCGGUACCGGGAAGUAAUUCUCCGAGAAGGCGCCAUUCCUGGCCUCCUCGAGCUGACGGUUCAAGGGUCAGUACAGUGCCAAGCGAAAGCCCGACGGCUGCUGGAGCUGCUGAGGGAGUCCCCCUACCGGAGACGCCAACUGGAAGCCGACACGCUGGAGAACAUCGUGAGCAGCAUCGUCUCGAAGGUCGUCGACGGCGACGAGCAGACAGAGAAGGCAAAGAAGAUGCUGGCGGAGAUGGUUCAGAUCAGCAUGGAGCAGAGCCUGAGGCACUUGCAGAGGAGAGCUCUGGUGGUGUGCACUCCCACUGAGCUCCCCCUUGCCAAUCGACCAUCCCAAGUCCCCUCAAAAUAGCAAAAGAGAGAAGAGAACGCCAUUAACUCUCUCCGUUAGAAGAAAAUUGAUCAGAUGAUGCCAGUCCAGGCCAGCGAUGGUAUCGAGUGACUGGUGAAGUGUUCGUCUGCAACUUCUGUGCAUAAAUUGUUACUUCCCCUGUUUUAUUGAGCGAUUGAAAGCUUGCAUUCUGUACAAUACUUGUCUCCCUCUCUCUCUACCUGUAUUACUGUCGAUUCACUGCCAUGGCAGGAGAAGAGUUUAUAUGCAUUGUAAUAUUGAUCAAUAAAUAUCUAGAAUAUAAAGAAACUUCGGAAUUUGAAUACUAAAAAUAUUGAUGUAGCAUAG